UUGCAUGUGGAAUGGAAAAUGGAUUCCGAGUUUAUAAUGCAGAUCCACUCAAAGAAAAAGAGAAACAAGAAUUUCUAGAAGGUGGUGUUGGCCAUGUUGAAAUGUUGUUUCGUUGCAACUAUUUAGCGCUAGUAGGUGGAGGAAAAAAGCCGAAGUACCCACCUAACAAAGUAAUGAUCUGGGAUGACCUGAAGAAGAAGACUGUCAUCGAGAUAGAGUUUUCUACAGAAGUCAAAGCAGUUAAGCUGCGAAGAGAUAGAAUUGUGGUAGUCUUGGACUCGAUGAUUAAAGUUUUCACGUUCACACACAAUCCCCACCAGUUGCACGUCUUUGAAACCUGCUACAACCCUAAAGGUCUCUGUGUCCUUUGUCCAAAUAGUAAUAAUUCUCUUCUUGCAUUUCCUGGAACACAUACUGGGCAUGUGCAGAUAGUGGAUCUCGCUAAUACCGAAAAGCCUCCUGUGGACAUACCGGCUCAUGAAGGUGUCUUGAGCUGUAUAGCUUUAAACCUGCAGGGAACAAGAAUUGCAACAGCAUCAGAAAAAGGGACCCUUAUAAGAAUAUUUGAUACUUCAUCAGGGCAUUUAAUCCAGGAGCUACGAAGAGGAUCACAGGCAGCCAAUAUCUACUGUAUAAACUUCAAUCAGGAUGCUUCCCUCAUCUGCGUAUCCAGUGACCAUGGCACAGUACAUAUUUUUGCUGCAGAAGACCCUAAAAGAAAUAAGCAGUCAAGUUUGGCCUCCGCCUCCUUUCUCCCCAAAUACUUCAGUUCCAAAUGGAGUUUUUCCAAAUUUCAGGUUCCCUCAGGCUCUCCGUGCAUUUGUGCCUUUGGAACAGAGCCAAAUGCUGUCAUAGGUAAGCACUGCAGGCUUCCCCAGGUUCUGCCUGGAGAACCAGGUUUUGAACUACCCUGGCCUUGAGCUAGAGGG